CGGCCACCCCCUACACACACACACACACACACACAGUUGAGCAGAGGAAACGGAAAAGACGAAACACACACCGAGGCUGCUUUUCAUUUCAAAACCCUGUGGCCUGUGGAAAGAACACCGAGUUCCUCCUUUUCUCUCUCCAACCUGCUUUUUCUUUUGGCUCAUUUGUUCAACAUUUGUUUUUUUUUAACCCUUCUCUCCCUCCCCGGAUUUCCACUUGAAAAGUUGCCACCUUUUUGGCCAGCUGUCUGCAGCUGGCAGGAAGCGCCCGCCCUGCUCGGGAACAAGGGACCUAAAGUGAGGAGGGAGGGGGAGAGUGGAAAAAAAAAAGGAGAAAGAGAGUGAGAGAUGCCGCCCCAGCCCACGCAGCCGCAGGUGAGGGCCAACAUCGUCAAGUUCCUCCGGAGCUUCCCGGGAGUCCUCCGGAUCCUGCAGAUCGUCUUCGGGGCCGGCCUGUGGGUGACGAUCGCCGCCAACAAGUACGAAGGCUCCAUCCACUUCGUCCUCUUCGUGGCGGUGCUCUUCUGGCUGCUCACCCUGGCCCUCUUCUUCCUCACCCUGCUGGACAAGCAGGACCUGGUGCCGCUGCUGGGGGGGCCCCGGUGGGCCGGCACCAACCUGGCGCACGACGUGGCCGCCGCCGCCCUCUACCUGCCGGCCAUCGGCGUCAUGAUCUACAAGACGGAUCGCAACUCCUACUGCAACCUGGAGCAGUACAAACACUCCUGCCUGUACAAGGUCUACCUGACGGCCGCCGUGUUCGCCUGCCUCUGCUGCCUGGCCUUCCUGCUCUCCGUCGUCCACGGAGCCUGCAGAAAGAGCCGAGGCGAGCAGACGCUCUUCUAAAAAAAAAAAGGACGGACGCUUCUUUUUUUUUUUUCUUUUCUGCAAGAUGAGGACGAGUUCACUUCACUGUACACACUAAAAAAAAAUGGUGGGUUAAAAAAAUAACCCAAUUUCUGGUUCAAAAAAAUGACUAACCCUUUAUUUGAGUUAUUUUAACUCAACAUUUUGGGUUAAUUUUUCCAACCCAACUUUUACGUUGAAUUAUUUAACCCAAAAGUUGAGUUAUGAUCACUCAAUGUUGGGUUAUUCACAACCAAACUAUUGGGUUGAAUUAUUUUAACAAAACAAUUGAGUUAUGAUAACUCAGUGUUUGGUUAUUCACAACCAAACUAUUGGGUUGAAUUAUUUAACCCAAAAGUUGAGUUAUAAUCACUAAAUGUUGGGUUAUUCACAACCAAACUAUUGGGUUUAAUUAUGUGAGCCAAAAGUUGAGAUAUAAUCACUAAAUGUUGGGUUAUUCACAUCCAAACUAUUGGGUUGAAUUAUUUAACCCAAAAGUUGAGUCAUAAUCAUUAAAUGUUGGGUUAUUCACAACCAAACUAUUGGGUUGAAUUAUGUGACCCAAAACUUUAGUUAUGAUAACUCAAUGUUGGGUUAUUCAUAACCAAACUAUUGGGUUUAAUUAUUUAACCCAAAACUUUAGUUAUGAUAACUCAAUGUUGGGUUAUUCACAACCAAACUAUUGGGUUGAAUUAUGUAACCCAAAACUUUAGUUAUGAUAACUCAAUGUUGGGUUAUUCACAACCAAACUAUUGGGUUGAAUUAUGUGACCCAAAAGUUGAGUUAUAAUUACUAAAUGUUGGGUUAUUCACAACCAAACUAUUGGGUUGAAUUAUUUAACCCAAAACUUUAGUUAUGAUAACUCAAUGUUGGGUUAUUCACAACCAAACUAUUGGGUUGAAUUAUUUAACCCAAAAGUUGAGUUGUGAUAACUCAAUGUUGGGUUCUUCACAACCAAACUAUUGGGUUGAAUUAUUUAACCCAAAAGUUGAGUUAUAAUCACUAAAUGUUGGGUUAUUCACAACCAAACUAUUGGGUUGAAUUAUGUGACCCAAAAGUUGAGUUAUGUUAACUCAAUGUGGGGUUAAUUCAGAACCAAACUAUUGGGUUGAAUUAUUUAACCAAAAAGUUGAGUUAUGAUAACUCAAUUAUUCAGAACCAAACUAUUGGGUUCAAUUAUUUAACCCAAAACUUGAGUUGUAAUCACUAAAUGUUGGGUUAUUCACAACCAAACUAUUGGGUUGAAUUAUUUAACCCAAAAGUUGAGUUGUAUUAGCUCAAUGUUGGGUUCUUCACAACCAAACUAUUGGGUUGAAUUAUUUAACCCAAAAGUUGAGUUAUAAUCACUAAAUGUUGGGUUAUUCACAACCAAACUAUUGGGUUGAAUUAUGUGACCCAAAAGUUGAGUUAUGAUAACUCAAUGUGGGGUUAAUUCAGAACCAAACUAUUGGGUUGAAUUAUUUAACCAAAAAGUUGAGUUAUGAUAACUCAAUGUUGGGUUAUUCAGAACCAAAGUAUUGGGUUUAAAUAUUCAACCCAAAACUUGAGUUAUAAUCACUAAAUGUUGGGUUAUUCACAACCAAACUAUUGGGUUGAAUUAUUUAACCAAAAAAUGUAUUUCUGCUCCCUACAAUGUGGGGUUAUUCCGAACCCAACUAUUGGGUUGCGCAAUUUAGCGCUCCUUGACCCAAUAGUUGGUUCAAAAUUAUCAAUUUGACUGCUGGUUUUUCCUACUCCUUCCCAACUACUGACCAAAAGUGUUUUCAUUCCAUUAAAAUAUACUCAAAAGCAA